AUGGCACUAACAAAAGAACAAUUAAUUAAACUUUAUUCAAAUAGAUUAGUCAAGGCAUUGAUUCCGAUUGAAUUUGGAGAGGCAUUCAUUCAAAGUAUCACCAAUGAUUUACAAACAACAUUACUACAGCUGAAUAACAUAUCUGAACCAUAUGAUCUUCAGGCGAUAGUAGCAAGAUUAAAAGUACAGUUUUUAAGCAAUAAUUUGAAAAAUGAAUGGGUAGAGUUUCAAAAUGUUGUCAAUUCAUUAAGUAAAUUUAAAUCAUUAGAUCAGAUUUGUAAUUACCUUGCGUUUCUAAAUGCUUUAAGAGAUAAAAAUCAUACAAUACAAGGUUUAAAUCAUCCUGACCAACAUCAAGAAGAAAUACUAUCGUCUGUAUCAAGUCUGUCUCCAAUGAAACAAAUACAUUCUCAAAAUAAUCAUCAACAACAAACAAAUGUUCCAAGUGCAUCUGCUCUUACUUUAUCACAACUAAUAGAACCUUAUUAUGAUACAUUACCAGAACAGACCAUAUUGACUUAUUUACCAUAUACUUUAUUGGGACUGGAUUCCAAAAUUUUCACAUUUAGCAAUAAUUUUAAGAGAUUAGAAAUACCGCCGGAAAUAAACAAUAGUUUUAGUUCAUUGUUGAGACAGGUUUUUGAAUUUGCCAUAUUAUACAAGCAACUUUUAAUGGUUAUUGAAAAGUUUAAAGGAACAUUACAGCUGGGAAUAAAAACAGCAUAUAUUGCAGUUUUGGAAUCUCAGUUAUCUGAAUAUGUCAAAUUAAUAAAUCAAGUAUUCAACAAACAACCAAAUUCAAUACUAGCGGUUUAUAAUUCAAUAUUUCCAUGGAUUUUCAAACUCAGGUUUUUAUUUCGAGUUUCAAAUAAGUUAGAUCAAUGCGAUGGGUAUGAAUUUUUGUCAAUAAUUUAUAAAUUUACUAAAUUUGGAGACUUACGAAUCAAAGAGAUUGCCAAAUUUGCAUUUAAUGAAGUAGUUAAGCCUUAUUACAAUAUACUUGAACACUGGAUUAUUAAAGGGGAGUUGAUCGACAAUAAUAAUGAGUUUUUCAUUACAUUUGAUACACAUGAAAAUGAGUUCAACAAUAUUAUAAAGUUUUUACCCGAGAAAGUUCCAGAAUUUGUUGAAUCAAGUGAUAAGAUUUUUCAAAUUGGGAAGACAUUAAUUUUCUUGAAUAAAUAUUGUCGAGAAUUGAAAUGGGUUAAUCAAUUCAAUGUAAAGUAUUCAACGAUUGUGUUUAGUAAUUAUUAUGGGCUAGCUUCAAUGUCAACCAAUGAAAUAAUAGAAAUGAUUGAUUCACAAUAUUUUGAAAUAUUAUCAUUCUUAACUCAAAUCAUACAAGGAGACAAUCAAAUGUUUAUACAUUUUUGCAAUUUUAAAAGAUUUUACUUUAUGGAAACGAACGAGUUUAUUGAUGCUUUGAUGAUUAAGGGACAAAAUGUUCUUAACGAAUCAUCAGCUAACAUAUCUUCCACAUACCUAAGCAAAGUAUUACAGGAAGCAGUUCAAAUAUCCUCGGUUAAAAAUUCAGAGUAUUUAAACAGAUUGGAUUCAAGACUAUUAAACCCACAACAUGGUAAUUUAGGAUGGGAAACAUUUACCAUUGAGUAUAAAAUCGAUGACUUGCCUAUGAGUUAUUUAUUUGAAGGUAAACAACAAUUGAAGUAUUUGAAAAUAUUUCAUUUUUUAUGGAAAUUACGAAACUUAAGUCAUUUAUUGGAUUUGAAUUUUAAUUUGUUUAAUGAAUUGAAUCAUAAUGUGGUGAAGAAGUUACCAAAUAGGAACAGGAAACCAUUGACGAAAACCAUUGGUAUCAUUUCAGUAAUAAGAAACCAAUUUUCAUUAUUUCUUAAUGAAUUAAUUGCUUACUUGUCAUAUGAGGUUAUUGAAGAAGCGUUUCAAAAAUGUAUUGUUAAGAAGUUAUUCUACAAUACCGAAAGUUUCCAGUUGAACAGACUGUUUUUACCUAUAGAACAAGAGCAUAACGAUAACCCGUACAAUGUUAAUUUGUUGACAAUUGAUGAGUUGGUGGAGGUACACGGAAAUUACCUUGACAACAUUAUUAAUAAUAGUUUAUUGAAUGAGAAAUACAAAGGAGUUGAGACAAGUUUAAGUUUGAUUGAUCAGAUUUAUGAUCUUUUACAGACUAUAUUUGAAUUUAUUAAUACGAGUCAAGAAUAUUAUUCAUUAGUAGUUAAUUAUGGGUUGAUAUUAAGAAGUGAACAAGUGAAUAGAAGUUUUGCGAUGGAGCAAGAUGGAGAAGAUGUUGAAUUUCAAUUGCAUAAAGUUAAAACCAAGAUAUAUAAAGACAUUUAUCAAAGAGAUUUUCAACUGCAAUUGAAAGAUUUUAAAGAUGAUUUAAAUAGAGAUUACAAUUUAAAAGAGUUAAGUAAGAUGUUGUAA